ACUCCAGCCCUCUACUCACGCUUACAGCUUAAUUAAUCAAUUAAUCAACCAACCAAUUAAUCACUCAUAACAUUUAUACUUCCUUCUUAACUUCUUUAACCAAGCCCUGGACCUUGAGCCUCGAAGAAAACCAUCUUAAUCUUUUUCAUCAUAGUACCUUUUUGUUUUUUCCCUUUUUCUAAUAUUCUUUAUAAUAUAAUUAAAGUAUUGCAAACAAGUCAAACAAAAAUGGUCGUAUCCUCUCAAUCUUUCGAACGUCCAACCAUCGACAUUGGUGAUGGACUUAUCAUGCGUUGGUCUUCAAAAGCUGAUACUGAUAAUGUUAUCAACCUCGUCGGCGAUGCCUUCAGAUGGAUUCCAUAUGGUGACCCACUUCCAGAAAAUAUGGUUCCACCUCCUAAUGAAUACUUUAUGGCUGGCGCUAGGCGGAUGUUGUCCGGGAAAAACGCGGCUAUGAGCGGACAUGACUAUGCCUUGGUGGAAGAUACUAAGCGGGCAAAGGGAAGAAACCCCAUUGUUGCCUGUGCAGCUCUUCAUAAGCAUCCAGCCUAUUAUGGAUCUAUUAAUCUACAAUUCGGAAAGCCAGAACUAAUUGCAUGUGACCCUGAAUAUCGUGGUAAAGGAUUGAUCCGUAGGCUUCUUUUUGAGAUGAUUCAUCCAGCUUCUGAUGCCAGAGGAGAUGAUCUUCAGUUCAUCGGCGGUAUUCCCUAUUUCUACCGUCAAUUCGGUUACGAAUAUGCUCUGUACGUUUGCCCUGGCACCAGGUUUGAAAAUGCAGAUGCAGUUCCUGCUCUUGCUAAAGGAGAGACUGAACCCUAUAAUCUUCGUCGAGCCACUGUAGAUGAUAUACCACUCUUAAUUCGGUUGAGUCACCCAGAAAAGAGACAUGCGAUUGCACAAGUCGGACUUCAUUACACACCCGAAUACUGGCAAUACACCGUCCACGAUAUAUAUGAGGAUAAACAGCAUAGGUUUGAUGCCGAUCGUGAUACAAGGAUUAUUGUUGACGUCAAAACAGGAAUGGAUGUCGGCUUCACUGUCGUUUCACAUGGAUACCUAGGCCCACAACUAGAGGCCAUGGCAUUGGAGGAGGAUCUUGUUAAAUAUAUAGAUGCAAAGGACUCUGUUUUGAGACAGCUCUUUCAGCAUGCAAGGGAGCGUCAAGAGAUCGCAGCAAGGGAAUAUGAACUAUACAAGAAGAAGAUCGGUCUUGUGACCGAGGACGAUACUAACGGGCCAAAACCUAUCCGGUUCUCUUUUGGAUUGCAACUUAAUAAGGAACACCCACUGUCAAUCUUGGUAAGCGACAAGAUCAAAGAUGCACCCAACAACAUCUGUGAUUACUUAUUGUACGCUCGUAUCCCAAGUUAUAAAAGAUUCAUCCAAAAGAUUACUCCCGAGUUGGAGAAGCGCCUUGCAGACUCUGUGAUUGCUGGUAUCAGCGGUCGAUUGCGUCUCAACUUCUUCCGUAGGGUUGAAGGUCAGGAUUGUAAGGGUCUGCAAAUCUUUUUGGAGAAGGGAAAGAUUGUGGAUGUCCAGAACUGGGCCCCUCUUUCAGAUGCACAAUUGUUGGAAGAGAGAUUGCAGUGGAAGGCACAAGGGACCAAAGCACCCACGAUCUAUGUUGCUUCCUUUGGGCCAUUAACGUUCUCUUCACUGAUAACAGGAAAGAAUUCUGUUGAAGAACUGGUGUUGGCCAACGGUGAAAACUUGAUCAAAGACAACCCUACUCGUACGUUAUUGGAAACUCUUUUCCCCAAGGUUGACCACCAUAUUGAUUCAUAUAUCUGGUAGAAAAUGAACUAAAAUAAAG